GGGGGGGGGGGAGAGAAAACUUGGCCCAAAAUCAGCUAACUGGCUUUCAGUACUAUGGCAAAACUAGAAUUUCUUGUCUGCUCGUUUCUAUCCUGGUUCCUUAACCAAGGAUUGUAUUAAUAUCUAUCCAUUCAUCCAUCCUUCCAUCCAUGUUUUAUUUGUAUUGAGCACUAGAUUUAUUGCUAUAAUAAAUGAUUUCAUAAUCAUUGUCAGGAUUAGCCAUUUUAUUGUGUAAAAUUUCAAAUGAGCAUAUUGAGUCUCUGCUUAAUUUUAUCUGUUGCCCUUAUGCAGUCUUAUAAUAGGCAAAAUAUGAAAUUAGUGGUAACCAUUAUAGCAAAGGAUGCUACCAGAACUUUGCUUACAGCAGUGAUUCUUACAUCUACACAUUUGCGGAAUAUUUGAAUCAUGUAGCAAUAAAUAUUAAACCCAUUAGACUCUAACAAAAAAUAUUUUUCAUGAAAAAUCCUCUAUAGUUAAAAAAAAUGAAGCAAAGAGUGACAUUUAAAUUUUUUGCAAAUAUCAUCUGUAUCUGGCAAAUAAUUUUGAUUUUUGGAUCUGAAGAGAGUCUUGAGGAACCCCCCAGGAACCCUUGGACUAUGCUUUAAGGAAUAUUGGCUUAAGGAAUGUCUUUACCAGCACAUCAUAUUGUGUUUGAUAUAAAGCUAGUAUUACUGUUGAAUGACAUUCCAAAGAUAUUCCCCUCAAUCAGAAUAGAGCUGGAAGGGACCUUGGAGGUAUUCUGGUCCAGCUCCCUAUUCAAGCAGGAGACCCUGCCUAUACCAUUUCAGACAAGUGACUGUCCAGUCUCUUCUUAAAAACCCAGGGGUGGAUGCGCACACAACUUCUGAAGGCAAGCUGUUCCACUGGUUAAUUGUCCUCACUGUUAGGAAGUUUCCUUAAUUCCAGGUUGCUUCUCUCCUUGAUUAGUUUCCAUCCAUUGUUUCUUGUCCUGUCCUCUGGUGCUUUGGAAAAUAAAUUGAUCCCCUCCUUUGUGGCAACCUCUCAAAUACUGGAAUAUUGCUAUGAUGUCCUCCCUUGUCCUUUUCUCUAGACUAGCCAAACCCAAAUCCUGCAACCGUUCUUCAUGUUUUAGUAUUCAGGCCUUUAAUUGUUUUAGUUGCUCUUCUCAUACUUUUUCCAGUCUCAGCAUCUUUUUUGUAAUGUGGUGACUAAAACUGGAUGCAGUAUUCCAGGUAUGGCCUUACUAAGGCUUUAUAAAGUGAUACUACUACUUCAUGUGAUUUUGCUUCUACGCCUGUUUAUACAACCAAGAAUUGCAUUCACUUUCUUGGCUGCUGUGGCACACUGCUGACUCAUGUUGAAGUGAUUGUUACUCAUUUUGAGCAAGGUUUCUCCCUCCCCACUUAUUUUGUUCACAACAGGUUUGAUUUUAAAGUAGCCUUUUCAAUGUUUACUUUUUUGGCUUUAUAUUCCACAGGACAUAUAUCCUUCUUGGGCACAAUUUUCACCUGCCUUCAUGCGUUAUUCUUCCCUUUGCUAACAACCACCCAUUUUCAAUUGUCAGAUGUGUACCUAUCCCUCAAAUAGCAAGGCCAUGAGAGGAAUAAAAUAGAAUUACAGAGUUGGAAGGGACCUUGUAACUAGGUCAUCUAAUCCAACCCCUCCUGCUCAAGGAAGAGACCCUACUCCAUUUCUGACAGAUGGCUGUCCAGUCUCUUCUUGAAAACUUCCAAUGAUGAAGCACCCACAAAUUCUGAGAAAGCUCUUUAUUUUGCUUUGCGCAUCUGCCAGUUUGGCAGAACUCUCAAAAAACAAAGUUUGACCAACAAAAACACGGCUUAACCAUCGCUAAGAGAACAACUUGAGAUCGCUGGACUUAAAUUGCUGAGGAGUGGGUGAAGUGUAACCGGGAUAAGCAAGAGCGCGAGUUCCGACACCCUUUCUUCCUCUCGGACAUCUUUCCCGAUCCGUGUAAGGGCCGCCGUGUGAUUGGCUGAGUGCAGGAAACGUCACGUAGUACGGCAGCGGCCCGGCCGGCGGUGGUGGCGGCGAUACGUUGCUUCCCUCUCUAGCCUCUCCGUUUCUGUGCUCUCUUUCAGCAGCCGGGGGAGAUCGCAGCAGCGGUGAUCGGGCCCUGCCAAAGGUGCAGCUAUGGUCGGCGUCUUCUCCUACGAGAGCUUGGUCCAUGCCAUGGCUGGAGCUGUGGGUCCAGAAUCUUGUCAGGAUUGCCAAUGUUUGUUACUGAACCUGAAAUUUGACUUGGGUAGUGUGACUGCAAUGACAGUGUUUUUUCCUCUGGAUACAGCUAGACUAAGACUUCAAGUUGAUGAAAAACGCAAAUCAAAAACCACACACGCAGUUCUUUUGGAGAUAAUUAAAGAAGAAGGCAUCAUUGCACCAUAUCGAGGGUGGUUCCCUGUUAUCUCCAGCCUUUGUUGUUCCAACUUCGUCUAUUUCUAUACAUUUAACAGUUUAAAAACUCUUUGGGCUAAAGGUCAUCAUUCAACUACAGGAAAGGACUUGAUUCUUGGGGUGGUUGCAGGUGUAGUGAAUGUACUGUUGACUACUCCGCUCUGGGUGGUAAACACCCGUCUUAAACUCCAGGGGGCAAAAUUUAGAAAUGAAGAUAUUAUACCAACCAAUUACAAAGGCAUUGCAGAUGCUUUUCAUCAGAUAAUACGAGAGGAAGGAAUCUUGGCUUUGUGGAAUGGUACUUUCCCCUCACUGCUGUUAGUAUUUAACCCUGCCAUUCAAUUCAUGUUUUAUGAAGGGCUUAAGAGGAAAAUUUUAAAAAGACAACUGCAGCUGUCUUCACUGGACGCCUUUGCUAUUGGAGCAAUAGCCAAAGCAAUUGCCACUACCCUCACUUACCCUAUGCAGACAGUACAGUCAAUUUUACGGUUUGGACAUCACCGACUGAACCCUGAAAACAGGAGAUUAGGUAGUCUUAAAAAUGUCCUCUACCUUCUACAGCAAAGAAUAAAGCGCUUCGGAUUAGUAGGACUCUAUAAAGGACUAGAAGCAAAGCUGCUCCAGACAGUCCUCACUGCUGCACUCAUGUUUCUUGUCUACGAAAAACUUACUGCUAUUACUUUCACAGUCAUGGGGUUAAAGCAUCCAUUAAAGAACUAAAAUAUUUGACUAUAUAGCAUAUAAAACUUAGAGAGAGAAAAAUCAGAAAACCUGACAAAUGAUUGGGUGCCAUAAACAAUUUUAUCCCAAGGCCAAGAUUUUAUUUUAUUGUGCUUGAGUUUUCAAUCAAAACUGUUGAAUGUAUCUAUAUUCCAGUAUCUAGAAGGCAUUGCCUUUAUUCCGUUUUAUGUAAAAAUUGGGGCAUUCUUUGAUUUUUCAUAUAUUUUAAAAUACCCUUUAAGCACUAAUACUCUAUUUGCUGUCAGAUGAUAUUUCAAAUACUUGGUGUUAUAUGAUCAUCUUAAUAAUGAGUCCAGUAAAGAUUUUAUUAAAAAAUGUCCUUAGAAGAUA